AUGGCUAACCCUUUGAUACCUCCGGAAGAUAUCAUGCUUCCUCCAAGCCCUCCUGGGCCAGUCAGCUCUUACGAAAGGCUUCAAGAAUCCCCUUCGCGACACUUUGGAACGGGCACCGCAACUACGAAAACUGCGAGCUUCAUACCUCCUCCAUUGCAUAUUCCUCCACCGCGGACACGUAGUCCACUAGCGAAAACACAUCUUCGGUCUCGAUCCUUUGCAGGACCCUCGGCAGCCCCGUGCAUGGCACGAGCUCAUUCAUCACCAGGCUUGGACUCGCGAGGCCGAUAUGUUCUUGCAAGCGGCAGUGGAAAAAUUGACCUGCCCCUCAGAAGACCCUGUCCCCCUCGGGCUUCGUCUGAGGAAUCAACCUCAAACAUGAAUAGUCUCAACGUUUCUGAGCCCAUAGCGGAGCAACCGGAGCUUCAGAACAUCUCUACUUCCUCUAAGGUUGAUCCGAUACCCGUUUCUCUCUCACCUAGCAUACAUCAUACUUUUCCACGACUACUUCGCCGUCCACCUUCCUCUCCACUUAACCCUUCAGCACCAACUGGUGGAUGGUACAGCAACCCUACCUCUUCUCCCUCGCAACAAAACUUGACAAUGACCACCCGAUUCAACGAGCCCUACCCAGCGUAUUCUUUCUCGUCUUCUUCCAUGCCCUCCACUCCCACAAGUCUACGCUCUCGCAGCCCCAGUAUCUCAUCGUUAGAAACAAUCCCGGAUAUCCCCGAUGCCGAAGCCGCUGCAAUAGAAGCCGAUCAGAUUGCAAAAUUGAAGGCUGCUGCUGAUAAUGCGGAAGAACUUAACGCUGGCAGUGAUACGGUACGGAGACGUGGCACGAUGGAUAUCCAUACUUCUCCAGGUUCACGAUUUGGCUUAAGCCGGAAACGGUGGAGCGUUUGUGGAGCUGAAGGGCGGCAGGACCUAGAUCUCGAGACUAUCUGGGAGGAUUAA